AUGCUAAAUUCUAGUAUCUCCUUCACUGUAGCUAUACUUCCAAAUGAAAAUUUCACAGUGAAGGCGUUGAAGGCAGUCAAUGAAAUCAUUGCUGUCUAUAGAGUUGACGACCAGAACAUUGAAAUGGCUAUUAGGCUACCACCCAUGUUCCCCCUUCGAAAAGUAGAUGUUAAUGGUGUUCAAAAAGUCGGCGUGGACGAAAAGCGAUGGAGAGCUUGGUUACUUGCUGUAUCAGCAAUUAUUGUCUCACAGAAUGGCAACUUGGUAGAUGCUCUUACAUUGUUCAAACGCAAUGUAAGUAUGCACUUCGAAGGUAUCGAGGACUGUACCAUCUGUUACUCCAUCGUGAGUGUGACCGAUAGAUCGCUACCAAGCAAACAGUGCAGAACCUGUAAAAACAAAUAUCACGCCAGCUGCUUGUACAAGUGGUUUAGCAGCUCCAACUCAUCCAGUUGCCCUCUCUGUAGAACGCUGUUUUAA